UUUGUGGACACAAACAAUGCAGAUGGGCAGAAGAUUAAAAUGCUGCAAAUGUGCCUAAGUUGUUUCUCAGUAGAGUAGCUACUCGAGUUAUAAUGUGCAUCUAUUAUGUUCCUUGAGGAGACAGCCUGGGGGAAGGAGGUGAAGUUUCUACGGCUACUGAAUAGAAACUCAGUGGCCACACUACAGAAACAAGCUCAGUGGUUAUGUUGGUUGUAAAAGCCUUCCAGAAAAACAGUGAGGGGGGAAAAUGUAGGAAAAUCUGCAACAUGAUGUUCUGGGAUCUGUUACGCACACAGAGACAUAAAAUAGUGGAGGUGGUCAGAUUUGAACAUGGGAACAUUCUGUUGAUUUAAUUUUUUAUGGACUAUCAUUACUUUUAAUUGCUGUAAUGCUGUGAAAAAGUUACAUUGGUGGAAAAAGGCCCUGAGAGAUUAUGAGGAAAGUUUCUGUUUUUCUCCUAACAGAGAGGUUCAUCCUCUCCACAUGCGACCAGCAUCAGUAUCACUUUGUCAGUGGAUCUUUCACCUGGAGCGAAGCUCAGGCCUACUGCAGACAGAAACACACAGACCUGGCCACCAUCCAGAGUUUCACAGAAGUGGAGCGAGUUUUGGAAACGCUUUCAUCUGCUGGUCACACAUCGGAGGUCUGGAUCGGUUUGUACAGUGAGAUGGACUGGAGGUGGUCUGAUGGUUUCACAGGGAGCGGGGCUGAAUACAGGGACUGGGAAACCUCUGAUGAUGAACCAGAUUUUUAUUAUGCCUACCAGUUCUGUGUGUUGAUUGCUGACAAUGGCAAAUAUUGGGAUGAUUCCUGCAGCAUCUCGUACCCAUUUAUCUGCUACAACGGCACACAGGAGAAUCCUGAAUAUGUUCUGGUCAAUGAACCCAGAUCCUGGUCCGAUGCUCAGAAGUACUGCAGGCAGAACUUCAGAGACCUGGCUACCAUCAGGAACCACACAGAAAACCAGAGAGCUCAAAGUUUGCUUCCUAGUCCGGCCUUUGUAUGGAUUGGUCUGUUUAGAGAUCCAAACUUUCACUGGUCUGAUGGGAGCAGAUUUGUCUACAGAAACUGGGCAGACGUUUUCAACGUAAUAGGCUCCAACAGAAUCAUUUGUGGAGUCACAUGGAGUCCAGGGCAAUGGAGGUUUCGCUCAUGUGAAACAAAAAGGUCAUUUGUUUGCCACAGCCUCCCAGGCAAGUGUUUAAAUGGUAUUCACUUAUUGAUGUGCAUGUAG